UCCAUUCUCCUUCAGGAGCUGCUGCAUCACUCUCAGGACGGACAAGUUUCGUGCGUGAAGCUCGGCUCGGUCUGCUCCGCUCUCCCGCGUAUUUCCUCCCGGGUUCACCGAGUUCCCAUCUUCACUUUCACCUCAUUCUGCUCUGAUCCCAGCCGGGGUGAAGUGGCUAACACUGGGCGUAGCUGGAGGAUUUUUUGCUAGCUCUUCUUCGCUGCACUUACUGAGCAGACCUCGGUGCCUCCAGACGCCUCUAGACCCUUGGCCCUUCUCUAAAGACCACUAACCCUGCACAGCUGAGUCCGACUACCACUGAAGGGGAGAUGAAGCCGGAUGGAGUUGCCACGGCAGCACUGGAGCCAAUGGAAACGCUAGAAGCCAAUCAGGGUAAUGAAGGAGUCCCAGCCCCAGGACAGGAACCUAACCAGGCUGCCGGUCCGGGUGAAGGGGAGGCGGCGCAGGAAUCUCAAGGUGAUACAGAACCAUCUAAAACCACGCCCACUGCCAAAACAAGCAGCAAGCCUUCAGGAGACUCCAAACCCAAGACACCUAAUAAGAAUACCAAGACAAAACCAGGGACCACUCCAACCAAGGCCACCACCACUUCAAAGACCCCUAACCGUCUCUCCAAUGGGGUCUCCAAGCCCCAAACCAACGGCGUGCCUAAGAAAACCACCCCUGCUUCAGACAGAAAGAGCACUCCAGUUACAGCAGCACCCAAAAAGCCAACUGGGACCACCCCAACACCCAAGAACACCUUAAAAACAGCAGAGAAAAAGACCCCCACAGCUACGCCCCUCCCAAACGGAGCUAAGACUACAACCACAACAGCCAAGAAGACACCGACUGCCUCUGCUAAUGGGGUCAAAACCAGUUCCUCUACAACUGCUGCAAAAAAGCCUGCAGGCUCCAAACCAGUCACUUCCACUGCCACAAAGCCCAGCUCCACCACCUCUCCCAAACCUGACAAGCCGCCUGUCUCCAAGACAACCAGGACACCCUCUGCCACAUCAGCCAGUCGUCCUUCUAGCAGCAGCACAACCAAGAGUUCAGCUGCUGCCCCGAAGUCUGCCACUCCUAAACUUUCUGCCACAACGUCAAAGCCGGCUACCUCCAAACCAACAACCCCCUCUGCUGGCAAAGCUCCAGCAUUACAAACAUCCAAGACCACAACUCCUGUGAAAAAAGAUGUUACCAAACCAGCCCCAUCUUCAGCCAAAAAGCCUGUGCAGUCUCCUCUUGCCCGUACUAGUCCUGCAACAAAGUCAGCUAAACAAGAUACACCAAAAGCAACAGCAAAAACAGAUACUGCCUCCAAAAAGUCCACCACCAGUAAGGCUGUGGAUACAAAGACACCAAACCGGGCCAAACCUGAAAACAAGGUCCCCCCCUCCAAGGACGCAACCAAGACCCCUAAAACAGCAGCACCCAAGGCCACCAGCCCUAAAAAAACUGUAGGUAGCAGUACUCCCACUCCAGUGAAGCGUGGUCCCAAAACAAGUGAAUCUGACAAGGAUGCAGCUAUCGCUGUAGCCACUGCUGCUGCAAUAGCUACUGCAGCUGCUGUUAUUGCAAAACCAGAAGAGCACCCAUCUCCUGAAGAGGGCAUGCACCAGCCAGAACCCACCGCACAACCACCAACAGAGUCUCUUAGACAGCUUAGCCCUGAGCCAAUCAGAGAGCCCACCCCGGAACCAAUCAGAGAGCCCACCCCGGAACCAAUCAGAGUUCCCACCCCGGAACCAAUCAGAGUGCCCACCCCGGAACCAAUCAGAGUGCCCACCCCGGAACCAAUCAGAGUGCCCACCCCGGAACAAUCAGAGAGCCCACCCCGGAACCAAUCAGAGAGCCCACCCCGGAACCAAUCAGAGAGCCCACCCCGGAACCAAUCAGAGAGCCUACUCCCGAGCUGCAUGAGCAAGCUGAACAUGUACAUGAUCUUUUUGAUAAGACCAAUGACUCUUCCUUGUUCACCCACGGGGCCUGUAUCCCCUGAAAGGGAAGCACCAAAUGCAUCUCUUUUGGACUUCCAGAACAUAGACAGAGAGGAGGAAAACAAUGACCAAGAUGAAGAGGAGGAGCCAAAUGAGAAGGAAAAUCAGUUGGUCUCCUCCUCCCCGUUUGGUGUGAUUUCCAGUGUGAUGGCAGAGCCCCAGACAUUUUCCACUGCUUCUCACUUUGAUGCAUUUGCCUCAGGAAACCUCAUGUCCCCUCAUGAGAAGGAGGAGGCGGUAGAAAAAGCAGAGGAAGAGAUCAAUGAAGAUGAUGAAGAUGAGGAGGAUGAAGAUGAGGACCAGAGGAGAUUUGGUUAUCAGCCGUCAUCCAUGAUCACAGAUUUGAGUUCGUCACAGCCAUCAGAGGACCAGGUCAAGUCAUCAGCUUUCGGGGGCUCUUUGGGUUGGCAUGCCGAUGAUCUUUUGUCUGGGAUGGACUCUGAAGAUAUGAGCAGCUGCACCAGCAGUCGACAGCAGGGCGUCUCUGACUUGAGCAGCACACUGCACACUGCCAUCUUGGAAGGUACACAAAGCUCUGAUGCCCUCGUGGAUUCUAGUCUAAGGGGCUCAGAGGGUGAUGCAAACCUUACAUGCUCUCCCAAUGUUGAGACUCUUGCCAAUGAGGAAGAAGACGAAGAUGAAGAAGAUGAACGUGUGGAUGAUAUGGACCUUAGCUCUGAGAAAGUUGAUGAGCAUCAAAAGGUCUUCUCAAAUCAGGAGCAUGAGGAGGAGGAUGAGGAUGUUGAGAUGCACAGUGAAGGAAAGACUGAGAGUGGUGAAAAUGUUGAGGAAGAUUUUAAUGAGGAGGAAAGAUUAGACAACCUCAAUCAGUGUGGCCUUUCAGUAAGCAACCCACCAGCUUCAUCAUGGGGACAGACAAACCCCUUCUCUGAUACAUGGGCUCAACCUGCUUCAGUGCUCUCAGUUUCUUCCCCCAGUCCCAUGUCUGAUCAUGGUGCAGCAGAUUCUGAAACACCCACCCAGUCUCCCGCACAGACCUGCUUUGACGGCUCUGUCCCAGCCUUUGCUCCUCAGGCAGAAGAUCUCCACGCUGACGCUACAGCUCCUGCUGAAGAUGUCCCUGUCCGACGUGGUGGCAGUGAGACCAGUACCCCAGAGGACCUGUGUGAAUAUGACAGCAGCUCAGGAGUUGAAUCUCGCUCUGACAAACAGCAGACCCCAGUGCCUGCUCAAGUUCAGCCUGACCUGGAGCAGGACUUGGGUAUCCACAUGGAAAAAGUUGAUGGAGAAGAAGAGGAGGCAGAGACACUGCCUGCUGAUGAAGUAUUGGGAACAGGACCUCCAACUGCACCAGCGUCUGCCCCCUCUUCAGCAUCCACAUCAGGAGAUGAGGCCAGUGACACCGAGGGCGAAAUGCAGAUAAAUGAUCCAGAUGAACCAAUGGCAAUGGGUGAGAGUGCUCCGUUUGACAGCCCAACUCCCACAUCUAAUCUACCAGCUUUUGAUGAAGAUGAGGAGGUUGUGCAAGCAGCAUCUGUCGAGGCUGAGGAGGAUGGAGGUGGCGCUACCCCUCAAUCCGCCAACUCCGUGGCAUCUUAUGGUUUUGAUUGUACCAAUUCAAAUUCAAAUGCCCAUUCUAUGGCUGAGAGCUGUGGGAAAAGUCCAGGGAUCUUCUCUCUGGAGAACGAAGAGCAACUUCCAGAGGAAGCCAAGAACCCAUCUCUCAUAAAGGAGCUAACAUCAGCAGGUGCAGCUGCAGAUGACCUGCUGGGCCGACCAGUCGACCUUUUGCCUGUGGGCCACUCAGGGGACCACUCUGGUCUGGAUGAGCAUCACUACAUGAUGGGUGGCAAGAUGGGAGCUGACCUUCUGCAUGAUGUCGACUCACGGGAGCCUGCACACCUCCUCGAUAACCAGGAUUCUGGUGACUCCGAUGAGAACCAGGCACCCUACUACUCUACCAUAUGUGAUAAAACUGAUAGUUUUCUGGAAGGUAAUGUAUAAGUCCCUAACGUUAGCCCCUGGAAUGCACCUUUUCCCCACAACCCUACCCUGUACCUGUUCGUGUUCUCUCCAAUUGGGAUAGAAACCUUAGAAGAUAAAAGGAGAGCAAGAUUGUAGGAAGAGAUUUUAAAAAAUAAACAAGGAACUGAAGAUGGGAAAAAUGACUGUAGCAAUUUUUAAAUGAAAGCCUCCCUCUUUCAUACUUGGGUUAUGGUUAUGAGUAUGGCUUAAAUCUUUGUAAAAUAGCUACUACCAUUUUCUAAUAGAAUGUUCUUUUUAAGUAACACUGCAUAUUCUGAAGCCCCUGGAGGGGUAUUGACUGAUUGGUCUAUAGUGACUAAGCUUUUAAGCCGUAAAAGAAAAAGCAACGUAUGGAAUGAAAUGGACUCAUUGUGUAUUUAUCCUAUUGUUUUUACCAAUCAAAUGUCAUCUUUGUUUUGUAUUUUACUUUUUGUUUUAUAUUCCUUUGUUAAGCCCAGUCUUCCCUGCCCUGUGUAAACGCUCCAUGUUCAACAGCACCAUAGUAAUGACACCACACGCUCCUUUAAUGCAGCUUUUGUUCAAACUUCAUGAAGUUUUAGCUUUCAAAUAAAGGUUAGCUCUUACAGCUUUUUGCUCUUAAGGUUCUGUCAAAAUCGUUGUGGGAGCAUUAGAUUGCUGUUAUAUGUUUAAUGUGCUUCAGGAGUUUUUUUUGCAAAGGCAUAAAUGGCACAGUACUGUCAGUACCGUAUGUGAAACAGGCAUUUGGUUUCAUGUGUUCAUGGUUAUAUCUCAUUUAGCUGAUCAUUUGUUUUGGAGGAAAGUUAAACCUCACUCAUUUUAUGACAAGACAUUUCAGUGUCUUGCAUCAAAAAAAUACUUUUACUAACUGAAUCAUAGUGGACGCUUGGUUUACUAUUUCAACAGUAUAUUGCAUGUUCAACUAACAAAGACUAGACUGUAAUAGCUGAAGGAGUUGGAAUCACAUUACACUAGAUAUGCUCAUAAAAGAACGGUUCACAUUAGGUUUCAAUAUCUUUCAAAAUUCCAUUAAAACAUCAUUGCAAUGCA